UGGACAGGCGCCUUACUCCACAACUUUUUACCGGAGAUUUUACCACUGUUAUUCUACAUUUGACACCGUGUAUACCAACUGGACAUGGAUUUCUGAACGGAAUAAGCCGAAACUGAGCUCGACGUGAGUUAAUUCGACCGUUGAAAUUCAUUUUUUGUUGUUCUAGUUGUUGAAGGAAGAGGGAAAAUGCCAGUUGCAACUCUUCUGCCUUUUACCGCGACCCCGAAUAGGAAGUCUGCCAGCCCGACCUCUUUCAGGUUGACAGAGAAAUUUAUUUUGUUAUUGGUGUUCAGCGCUUUUAUAACCCUAUGUUUCGGGGCCAUUUUCUUCCUACCGGACUCGUCCAAGCUUCUUAGCGGAGUUUUCUUUCAUUCCUCCGCGGUGGAGACCAACACCCGCACCGGUCCGGACAGCAGCGACUCAGGUUCGGCUGGAAACGACGAGAGGGUCCUGGCAAAAAUCAGGAAAGACCACGAAAAAGCUCUGCUAGAGGCAAAGGAUACUCUUCAAAAACGGCCCGACGAGAUUAAACAAGACAUUAAUACUGAUAAGGAGAAAGUUGCAAAGGAGAGUAUGGGUCAAGGUGGGAAGGAUGUCAAUAAUUUACCUUUCGUUGAGUAUCACCGCCCGCCCGGGGCGACUGGGCACGAACCUCUGGACCCCGAAACCAGGGAAAGACGGACUAGAAUCAAAGAGAUGAUGAAGCAUGCGUGGGACAGCUACAGGCGCUACGCCUGGGGUUCCAAUGAGCUCAGGCCCGUCUCUAAGCAAGGCCACUCCAGCAAUCUAUUUGGAAGUAUAAAAGGAGCAACAAUUGUGGAUGCUCUGGAUACCCUCUAUAUCAUGGAAAUGUUUGAAGAAUUUGAUGCUGCCACUGAUUGGGUAGAGAAGAACCUCGACUUUAAUGUGAACGCAGAGGUGUCUGUGUUUGAGGUGAACAUCCGGUUUGUUGGAGGUCUGCUGUCCGCCUACUACCUGUCUGGAAAAGAGGUUUUCCGUAGAAAGGCGGUGGAGCUGGGAGAAAAGCUGCUGCCAGCCUUCAAAACGCCCACCGGCAUCCCCUGGGCUCUGCUUAACCUCAAGAGUGGGAUUGGUAGAAAUUGGCCGUGGGCAUCCGGUGGCAGCAGCAUCUUGGCAGAGUACGGCACCCUGCAUCUGGAGUUCAUGCACCUCAGCAAACUCUCUGGAAAUCCUGAGUUUGCUCAGAAGGUAAUGAACAUCCGGAAAGUUCUUAACCGCCUGGACAAACCUCAGGGGCUGUACCCCAACUACCUAAACCCAAACAGCGGGCAGUGGGGCCAACAUCACGUGUCCGUAGGUGGCCUUGGUGACAGUUUCUAUGAGUACCUGCUCAAGGCCUGGCUGAUGUCUGACAGGACUGAUGAGGAAGGAAAGAAGAUGUACUAUGAUGCCCUGCAGGCGAUAGAAACCAACCUGAUGAGGAAGUCGAGUGGUGGGCUGACCUACAUAGCGGAGUGGAAGGGGGGGCUGCUGGAGCAUAAGAUGGGUCACCUGACCUGUUUCGCAGGUGGCAUGAUCGCUCUGGGCGCCGAUGGGGCGCCCAGCGACAAGACGGGCCACCAGAUGGAGCAGGCCGCCGAGAUCGCCCGGACCUGUCAUGAGUCUUACGCCAGGACUGCAUUGAAGCUGGGUCCAGAGGCGUUUCGUUUCGACGGCGGCGUCGAGGCCAUUGCCACCCGCCAGAACGAGAAGUAUUUCAUCCUCCGUCCCGAGGUGAUCGAGACCUACAUGUACAUGUGGAGGUUCACCCAUGACCCCAAAUACAGAGAGUGGGGCUGGGAGGCUGUUCAGGCCUUGGAGCAGCAUUGUAGAGUAGAAGGAGGCUACAGCGGCGUCAGAGACGUCUACGCUUCCACUCCAAACCACGACGAUGUACAACAGAGCUUCUACUUGGCAGAGACGCUCAAGUAUCUGUACCUGCUCUUCUCUGACGACGACCACCUACCGUUCGACCACUGGGUCUUUAACACCGAGGCUCACCCUCUGCCCGUCAUCAAGAAGGACAAAACAGACAGACCCAACGAAGUGGAGUAGUGGAGCGUCCUGCGCUGACGUCCCAAAACAAGUGCGAGAACCUCUGAUCCUGUAGACCUGAGCCUCCAGCUGUCUGUCUGAAACAGUUUAGCCAUUUGGAGUCCCCAAUGGUUACAGAUGCCUCUUGAUCGGCUUUGACUUUUUAUUUUCAAUGGGAUCAAAACUGAAUUGAAGCCUGUUGGAGCUGAAUUGUCGCUGUAGAGUCCCGUUUUGUUGUUUUGUUUUGUUAAUGUUCAGCUCUGGUUGAGUCCAGACGCUGACGUGGACCAACAUGUUUACUGCUGGAUUAUGUAAUAACUUGUCAAAAUGUAAUAGAUUGUCCCUCCACAUGAGUUGAAACCAUGUUGUGAUGAAUUACAGGAUAAUGCAGUGAUAUAUUAAUAUUCUCGGAUUAUAAAAGUGGUACUUUCUAGAUUUAUUAUUAGAGUUUAUUUCACUCCCAGGGUCCAUCACAUUUUCAGCUCAUUCAGAGGGACAAUCUGAGCAGUUAUCACAUUAUUCAUCAGUUGUUCAGUUUUUCGUAGCUACAGCGCUGUCUGGCUUUCUUGAAGGAGAACACUGAGAGACCUGAACCAGUCGUCUCCCCUAAUGUGGAUAUUUUGGACCAUCGGUCUUUUGGGCACCAAACCUAAAAAAAAAAAAAACUCCAGCUCUCGUCUGAGGAUCACAAGGUGGACUUAGCGAGCUGAGGGAUGCUCCGUUCACGUCACACGCAUCGUCUUUUCCGUCUGCUGUACUGCUUCAAUAUCCGAAUGGGAACCGGUUUUCUUGUGCCAACACUGGUGCCGCCGCCGUCGCCACCACCGGACUACUGCACCGUCGUCACGGAAACAUUUGUUUUUUUCUAAAAAGCACGUGGUUGUCUCUGUGGGAGUAAAGAUAAGGACGCAGCACAACCCGAGCCCCGUUUUAUAAACCUUCUGCAUCCCCUCCUUCACCUUUUACCUUCCUUCCUUCCUCCCUUCCUCCCUCCCUUCCUCUGAGUUUGGUGUGACACAGGAUGAGCAGCCACACCAGCUCUCUAUCUGCCAGUAAUUUCACUUUCUCUCCAGGACGUUUACCCACAGCUCUUCUUCUGCUUAGCUAGUCCUUAGUUCGUCUGUACCUGUGUCUGGCUUUUUGGAUUCUAGAUUUAUUUCUCUUUCUCAAAUUUGCACCAAUGUUUCUGGGGUUUGACCGAUACAGCUGGUGAUGUUUUCCAAUAUUUUUAUUAAUUUCUCCCAAGCUUUAAUCUUAUCACAUUGUUUAUUUUUCUACUUUCCCCCUCGCUAAUAAUUACAAGUUUGCUGUUUUUUGUUGUUUUGUUUUUUGGGAAAAACAGUGAUUACAGCAUUCUGAGAGUGAAAUUGAUGAGGGUGCACUUUCCUGGAGCUUUCACUUGCAUCUUACAGUCUUCCUCAGUCACUUAGCCGUUGUAGGGAUCAGUAAGACCAUGGGGAGUGGUUGAAAGCUUUGGCAAAAGCUAGUAAGCCUAGAACCUCGAGUUAAGUUUUGGAGUGCGUUAUUUGAAAUGAUGAAAUUUCAACCUUGUUUUUUUUCCUGGAGUCUUGACAUCCAACAGACUCCUGCUGCAACAGUUAGUACCUUUUUAAAUCUGAACCUUUUCAUGUGUAAAAACAACUUUUAGUCUCCACUUCAGAGGAAAGCGGAUUGAUCACAUGAAUGGAUAUUUGUACAGUCUGACUCCAGUGUGUCCUGUAGACCGCUGGUCUCAGUAUCGGUAAACCUGUGUAUCAGUCGGACCUUCUCUUGUUGUUGUCGCAUCGCUUCUUCUCGUCUCCGUCCUCCAGUUGGAGCGUAGGGCAGGCUGUAGGAUCUACUCUCCUCUAUGAGGAGACGCAGACUCUCCACUUCACUGUAAUAUUCCACCUUCGCACACACACACACCUGCACACACACACACACACGCGCGCACACACACACACACACAAUCACAAGAAGCCAUACUGAUUCAAUACAGCUUUACCAUUCUGUGGUUAGGACUUUAGUUCCCUUCAUCCUGGGGGCAUGUGGCUUUACUGACACCAACUGUGUUCCUGCUUUUGUUCCACUGAUCAAAGUCACACUCACCUGAUUGUUCAGUCGGGUUUCCUCCAGAUGCCGCACGCAACUGUAGCCAGAUUAAAUCCAGUUUAGUCUUCAAUCUAGUGCCUUCACUGUUGAAAAGGAGUCAGAGGGAGAGACAGCUCACAAACACAAAGGAGUAGAGUUUUAGAUAACUUCGUAGCUUUAAGUGAAGUUCCCGUGCCUCACAUGAGGAUUAAACCAAAACUAGACACGGAUUAAAGGAUAAGUCUUACAUUUUAAUGUGAUAUUCAAUGAAACUUUGGCUUGAAAGUCGCCCAAGAGUUGGUGAAAACUUGGGGAGAAAGUGGUAGAUCAGACCAAAGGUCCUUCUGAGAUUUAAUUACAUACAUAGAGUUUUAAAACCAGAAACUACAAGUCUUAAUGCGCUCAAACUAGUCUUUCUCCAACCAGUAACCAUCAUUUAAUGGUUUGAGACCAGUAAAGGUCCCACUCACAAUUUAGAUAAUUGCUUGACUACACUGACAUCUAGUGGUGAGAGUUUCCUAUUACAGUACACAUGAGUCCCGGCUAAAAGACUGCAGUAUACAUAU